GUGGCGGCUGCGGCAGUUGAGUGUAACGGCUCCGGUGCGACCAUGGCGGCCUUGGGGCCCGGAGGCUACGGGCGGAACGAUGCGCGGAGGAGCCAGUCCUCCCCGCCCCCCGCUCCAGCGCUCUGUCUCCGCCGGCGGACGCGACUCCCGGCGGCCCCCGAGGACACAGUGCAGAACCGGGUGUCACUGGAGAAGGUGCUUGGCAUCACAGCCCAGAACAGCAGUGGCCUCACCUGUGACCCCAGCACAGGCCAUGUGGCCUACUUAGCAGGCUGUGUGGUGGUGAUUUUGGACCCCAAGGAGAACAAACAGCAGCACAUUCUUAACACUGCCAGGAAGUCUCUGAGCUCUCUGGCCUUCUCCCCUGAUGGGAAGUACAUAGUGACGGGGGAGAACGGGCACAGGCCUACUGUGCGAAUCUGGGAUGUGGAUGAGAAGAGUCAGGUGGCAGAGAUGUUGGGCCACAAGUACGGCGUGGCCUGUGUGGCCUUCUCCCCAAAUAUGAAGCACAUUGUGUCCAUGGGCUACCAGCACGAUAUGGUACUCAACGUGUGGGACUGGAAGAAAGAUGUGGUGGUGGCCUCCAACAAGGUAUCAUGCAGGGUCAUCGCCCUCUCUUUCUCCGAGGACAGCAGCUAUUUUGUUACUGUUGGUAACCGGCAUGUUAGGUUCUGGUUCUUGGAAGUGUCCACUGAGGCAAAGGUGACAGGGACAGUGCCCCUCAUAGGGCGCUCAGGCAUCUUGGGUGAGCUGCACAACAAUGUCUUCUGUGGUGUGGCUUGUGGCCGGGGCCAGAUGGCAGGCAAUACCUUCUGUGUCUCCUACUCGGGCCUCCUCUGCCAGUUCAAUGAGAAGAGGGUGCUGGAGAAGUGGAUCAAUCUGAAGGUCUCUCUGUCUUCCUGCCUCUGUGUCAGCGAGGAGCUCAUCUUCUGCGGUUGCACAGAUGGGAUAGUUCGCAUCUUCCAGGCCCACAACCUACACUACCUUGCCAACCUGCCCAAGCCGCACUACCUUGGGGUGGAUGUGGCCCAGGGCCUGGAGCCCAGCUUCCUCUUCUGCAGGAAGACAGAAGCUGUCUAUCCGGAUACGGUGGCGCUGACCUUUGACCCCAUCCACCAGUGGCUGUCCUGUGUGUAUAAGGACCACAGUAUCUAUAUCUGGGAUGUCAAAGAUAUCAACAAAGUAGGCAAGAUGUGGUCGGAGCUCUUCCACAGCUCCUACGUCUGGAAUGUGGAGGUGUAUCCUGAGUGUGAAGAUCAGAGAGCUUGUCUGCCGACAGGAUCUUUUCUGACUUGUUCCUCAGACAACACCAUUCGCUUCUGGAACAUAAAUAGCAGCCCUGACUCUCCCUGGCAGAAAAACAUCUUCAGUAAUACCCUACUGAAGGUAGUAUAUGUAGAGAAUGACAUCCAGCACCUGCAGGAUAUGUCACACUUCCCAGACCGGGGGAGUGAGAAUGGCAUGCCUAUGGAUGUGAAAGCCGGGGUACGAGUGAUGCAGGUCAGUCCUGAUGGCCAGCACUUGGCUUCAGGCGACCGAAGUGGAAAUCUGAGGAUCCAUGAGCUGCACUUCAUGGAUGAGCUGGUCAAGAUGGAGGCCCAUGAUGCUGAGGUGCUAUGCCUGGAGUACUCCAAGCCUGAGACUGGGCUGACCCUGCUUGCCUCGGCCAGUCGGGACCGACUGAUCCAUGUGCUGAACGUAGAGAAGAACUACAAUCUGGAGCAGACCCUGGAUGACCACUCCUCUGCCAUCACGGCCAUCAAGUUCGCAGGCAACAGAGACAUCCAGAUGAUCAGCUGUGGGGCUGACAAGAGCAUCUACUUCCGAAGUGCCCAGCAGGGCUCGGAUGGGCUCCACUUUGUCCGUACCCACCAUGUGGCAGAGAAGACUACCUUGUAUGACAUGGAUAUUGACAUCACCCAGAAGUACGUGGCUGUGGCCUGCCAGGACCGCAAUGUGAGAGUCUACAACACCAUGAAUGGAAAGCAGAAGAAAUGCUACAAGGGCUCCCAGGGUGAUGAAGGGUCCCUGCUGAAGGUCCACGUGGACCCCUCAGGCACCUUCCUGGCCACAAGCUGCUCUGACAAAAGCAUCUCAGUGAUUGACUUUUACUCAGGCGAGUGCAUUGCCAAGAUGUUUGGCCAUUCAGAAAUUGUCACUGGCAUGAAGUUCACUUAUGACUGUCGUCACUUGAUCACAGUAUCCGGAGACAGCUGUGUGUUCAUCUGGCACCUGGGCCCAGAGAUCACCAACUGCAUGAAGCAGCACUUGAUGGAAAUUGACCGUGGGGAGCAGCAGCAGCAGCAGAACACAAAGGACGGGAAGUGGAGCAGCCACCCCAGGCAGGAGACAUAUGUAUCCAUGCCCAGCGAGACUUGCUCCCUAAGCCCUGGAGAGCAGACAGAGGAUGAGCUGGAGGAAGAGUGUGAACCUGAAGAAUUGCUGAAGACACCAUCCAGAGAGAGCUUGGAUCCAGAUCCUCAGUGCCUGCUGACCAAUGGCAAGCUGCCGCUCUGGGCAAAGCGGCUGCUAGGAGAUGACGAUGUGGUGGACGGCUCAGCCUUCCGCACCAAGCACAGCUACCAGCCACACGGCCGCUGGGCAGAGCGGGCUGACCAGGAGCCGCUCAAGACCAUCCUGGAUGUCGGUGACCUGGAUUGCUACUUCACCCCCUUGAAGUCCGACAGCCUGGAGGACUCCGUUCUGGAUCCAGUGGAGCCACAGAGCCUAGCAGGCCUGCUGAGUGAGUCAGAGAGUCCCCAGGAAGAUGGCUGUAGGAAUCCCUCCUUCCUGCCCUUACAGAAGGAGUCCUCUGAAGCCAGAGAGGUCAUCAGCUCCCUGGAGGCAGAGGUGACACUUCCAGGGACAGACAGCAAGUAUGGCUCUGAAGAGGUGGAGGGGGAGUCUGGAGACCAGCCAGGUGACUCCUAUCUCAGGGUCUCCUCCAUGGGCUCAAAGGAUCAGAGCCAACUUGCGGAUUCAGAGAAUUCAGAGGCCUACUUGGAGUGCACCUUCGCCACCAUCCAUUCCUCCCCUCCACAGCUGGACUCAGAUCCUCGGUUUGACAUGACAAUGACCCCCAUACCAGAAUGCCCAGGAACUGCAGAGGAGUUGUCUCGGCCUGAGGUGGCAGGCAUAUCCAAUGGCUCCCUGCCCCAGACCCCUGAGCAAGAGAAGUUUCUCCGCCACCACUUUGAGACGCUUACUGACGCCCACCCUGAGGAGCUCUUUCACAGAUCGCUGAGAGAGGUGACGGCCUCUGCAGAUGAGGACUUUUUUAACCCCAGGCUGAGUAUCUCAGCCCAGUUCCUCUCCCGUCUCCAGAAGACAUCCAGGCCCAACCACACCUUCCUUUCCCGGCCCCUGCACCUUGUGAAGCCCCCGGAGGUCAAACUCAUAGGCCUAGGGGGGAACCAGCCCAGAGCAGAGCCCCUGAGAGCAGGUACUGGCUACGCCUUCCCAGGCAGGACCAAUGUCCUCUCUGGGGGAAAAGCCAAGGAGUCCCUUGACACCCUGGAGGCCUGGUGCCCACUAAAGGCCACUGCCAGCCCGCGUGCCAAGAUGUCACGCAGCAGCUCCCUUGAGGAAAGUGAGGAUUCUGUCCUGGCUGAGUUGACCAGACCCCUCUGCAGGCCCUCAUCCAUGGGGAAGCUGGCCUCCCUGGACCAGGAGCUUCAGGCCAUCACUACCUCCGCAGCGCCCAGUUUUGACAGCGAGGGCCAAGAGCCUGCCCUGCCCUCCCGGGACAACCAUGAAGCCCGGGCCAGCCUCAAACAGACCCUGUCAAGUGUCUGUGACAGGCUCUUACUGUCCCCACCCCCACUGGAGCCACCCACUACUUGUGUCUGGUCCCAGGAACCUGUGGCCACCCGGCCCGAUGUCACAGUCACAACAGCUAGCUUCCUGGCUCCCAGCCCCGUAGAUGUGAGCUCCCUGAGGCUCCACAACUCUACCUUUCUCCUGGCCCCUGAGCCCCUCAAAACCCCAGCCCAUCCCAACAGCCCCCCACUUCCAGAGGCCAUACCUGGCAGCAUCACCUCCUUCCUGGAGCUCACACCUGACGUGCUCAGUGUGGUCCGGGACAGCCCUGGACACUGGGGAGAGCCUGGGGUGCCAGCCAGAGUCCUGUCCCCAGCUCCCCUUGACCUGAGCAGUGUGGGGACCAUCGUGCACAAACUUCAGACUGCCUUCCAAGAAGCCCUGGACCUUUACCACCUGAUGGUCUCCAGUGGCCAGUUGAGUACCACACAGCGGCAGGCACGGACUGAGCUGGCCUCGACCUUCCUUUGGAUCCACAGCCAGUUAAAGGCCAAUGACUGGCUGGUUGGGAGUGAUGUAGCCCCCACCCAGGCCCUGCCCAGCUCAGGUCCCGCCUCCCCACCUACCUUAUGCCCCCUGGCCAGCCCAGAUUUACGUGCCCUGCUGGAACACUACUCGGAGCUGCUGGUGCAGGCCGUGCGGAGGAAGGCACAGGGGGACUGAGGGCCAGCAGCCCUGCUAUUUUCUGAUGAAAUAGCAACAACACAGGAAUCAAUUUGGAGAACUGGGCACCGAGGCAGAAAAAGAACGGCUCCCGUUCACCAGCCCAUUCUUCAGGGCAGCCUGGCCCCUGCACUCCACACCGUGCAGCCUAGACACUGGGCUGCCCUGUGCAUGAAACCCGACAACUGUGAGACGGCGACACUUAGAACCCCCGGUGGGAUACUAUACAGCUGUGAAACAGAAGGAACUCCUGGCCUUUGUGACAGUAGGGAUGGACCUAGAGAUUAUUAUCCUAAGCGAACUAAGCCAGAGGAAAACAAAUACCAUGUGAUCUCACUUAUAUGUG